AUGCCCAACGCCUAUUCGAUUCUUGUCUUAUUUCUGCUCUCCGGUGCCUCACAUCAAUGCUCCGGCGGAUCCGGCGGCUGCUGUAUGCGGCAACCGCCGGCGGUGAGUUGCGGCAGUGGAUGUCAGCAAGGAUAUAGCUGCGGACAAUAUGGAUGUGCGAAGAGAAAAGCGUUCGCCGGACUAACACAGCGAAUUGAUGGUGUUCUCGUGGAGAAUGAGAGCGAAGAAGAAGCUCUGCUCGCUGAUGCCAGCCUCUCACUUGUUCCAGAACCCGCACACCCAAAUAUCACGAUUGAAAGGCUAAUGAACCCAAAUUUCAUUUUCCAUUCGUGUUGUGAAGCUCGCGGCCUUCCAGAUUCAUGCCUUCGCCACUGCCAUUUCAAUACUUACACGUCAGAAAUUCUUGAAUCAAUGUUCCACAAGAUCGAUGGAUGUCCGAUUGAAGCGAUCAAUGAAAUUCAUUAUUGCGCUGCUCAAGGAAUUGAUCACAGUCCGUGUUGUGCUUCAACUGGGGUCGCAGAUACUCCGGCCGGCGACAAAUGUCUUGCAUUCUGCGAUCAGCGGCCGAAUCGAUUUACUCUAGUCGACACCACUUUUCUUCCGUGCCUCGAUGUCUUCGAAAAUAUAAAAAAAUGCUUCUUCUUCGAAAUCAAAAAACGAGCAGAAAAGAAAUUCAAACCAAACGGAAUCGCUUCGAAAAUCAAUGAUGCAAAUUCGAAAGGCUUCUAA